GUCUUCAUCCUCGACGUUUUGAUUGAAAUUGGGUCUUCGCUUCGGCCUAAAGCUUAGCCACUAUUUCCUCCGUUUAAUCUUCCCCAUCUGUCUCUGGACGGCGCGCUCGGACACGCUGGAUGUCCCCGACCUGCUUCAUUUGGCAACAUGUAUAACAUCGAGUGUACGUACUCACGGAUCUUGGCCGUACCUUAAUGUGGCGGCAAGAGAGAGUAUCGUUGGGCUCUAGUGGGAUGAAUUGAUAUAAAGUCUUAUGCCUCCACUCCUACCCUCCGCGAAUCCACCUUUUCAACCAUCAAGGCUGGUACAGAUGGAUCAAUCAGUGAUCCUCAGUCUCUUCUAUGAGCCAAGAUGGAUCGUCCUGGCAGUGUUCUGCCUGCUGAUUUGCAGUCUGAACGUCAGGUCUUUUCUUCGUCGAAAGCACAUGGCCAGCAUAGCCUUUACAUCGAAGCAUGCUCUAUGGGGAACACUUAACUUCAUUUCUUCUGUCACUUGUACGACUGCAGUCUUUGUCUCUGCGAAUCAGAAUGGAGUUUGCGACUGGACAAGAGUUUUGAUUGGCUCACUCUGGGCUCUUGCAUGUCUAUUUCGGUUGUACUACCUGUUGGUCUCUGCCCAUCGGAAAAUAUUCUCAAAUAGCGCCCUCAUUUUAUGCCUUGCCCUUUUUCUCACGGAUGAUCUGCCACGACAACUGUACCCUUUGAUAUGGAUACAAUCUCGAGGCACUGUUAGUUUUUCGACGCCGGAUAUAAUCGCUUUAGUGGCUUCAGCUACAAGUGCCCUUCUGGUACCCCUCUUGACACCAUAUCAUUCUCGAGUCAAUGAUAGCAAUCCCCAUCCAUCAAAAACCUGCUCACCCUUGUCAAGAUGGUGGCUAUAUGCUUGGGUUAGCCCAGUUGUCGAAAAAGCAUAUUCUUAUUGCGGCGCCAUCAGUGCAGAGGACCUCCUACCGAUCAUUCCCGAAAAUUCAACCGAACACUGGCUACAGGCUUAUUCAAACUGCACACAGAACUUCCCCUCAUUUAGGAUGGCUCUAUGGAAACUUUUCCGGUAUAGAUUGGCAGCAAUGGCCUUCUUCGCCGGAUUCUGUGGAUUUUUUGAACUCAUCGGAACUAUCGGACUGCACCAGCUCCUUUUAUUUCUUCAGAGGUCCCAGGAAACAAAACUUCAAGCCUGGUUCUCAAUCAUGCUCUUUAGUCUAUGUCCAAUAAUACGCGGCCUUUGUAUGCAAACGUUUGAAUACUUUGCCACUCACACGAUAGGGGACUGGAAAGCCCUCAUCACAACCGCAGUGUACCGGAAGCUUCUUGUACUCCAUGAAGACGCAGAUAUCGAUGUCGGCCAGUUGCAAAGCAACAUCUCAGCAGACAUCGACAGGCUAGGUACACUUCGAUACACCGCCAUGACAGUUUUCAUGGCCCCCGUGGAAUUCAUCGUGUCAUCAGUCCUGCUUUACAAGAUUAUGGGAUGGUAUUAUCUUCCAAGUUUGGCCUUUCUCCUUAUUACGAGAUAUCCGUUGUCCAAAUUCAUUGUCUCAGCGCAAUCCGGGGCCCAGUCGAAGAUUCUACAAGCGGCGGAUAGAAGGAUCACAAAAACGAGUGAGAGUAUACGGGCAAUGUCGACUAUCAAAAUCCUCGGACAUGUCCAGCCCUUCAUUCGGAGGAUCCUCAAUGAAAGAGACCAGGAAUUAAAAGCUAUCUGGAGCAAAAUGCAGGUUAUAGUGACUUCAGAAAGUCUUUCCUCGGCUUGCACUUUUCUGGCACUCAUUCUCUGCCUGGCACUAUAUACCAUUAUCGGCAAGAAACCUCUCGAGGCAGACAUUGUCUUUACAGUCGUGGCAGUUUUUAACAUCGUGAAGGGCAUGCUUACAUUAAGUGUCCUUGGUGCUGGUCAAUAUGCACAAGCCACAGUCAGCUUGAAGCGUUUGAGUGAUUUUCUGGAUCGUCCUGAAAGCGAAGUAACUACUAUGUACGCCAAGGAUGACGCUGUUAGCCAGGCUGAGGCAGGUUCUCGACACCCAACAACUGUUACCGUUCAGUCGUGUGCAGUACCCGGCAGAUUGUCAGGAAACUCUGAUGCUGAGCUUGUUCAAGAUGGGCUAAACGUUGUUACAGGUGAAUUGGGGUCGGGUAAAACCUUGCUAUUGCAGUCAUUAUUGGGUGGUAGAAAACACAUUCAAGGUGUGAAGGGAUUCCAAAGAUCACAGUUUGAGCCGAUAGGUUAUGUCCCGCAGAAUCCUUGGAUCUAUAAAGGCAGCAUCAGGGAUAACAUUAUCUUCGGAGCUCCAUUUGACCCCGAAAGAUAUGAGAAUAUUAUCCGAAGUUGUGCGUUGGAGCCUGAUUUUGCAUCUUUCAAGGAUGGAGAUUUGAAAGACGUGGGUGAAGGCGGUCGUCGCCUUUCUGGGGGGCAACGCCAGCGGGUUGCACUCGCUCGAGCGGCAUAUUCGCAUGCAAAAAUUGUGAUAUUGGAUGACAUCUUAUCAGGAUUAGACCCAGCGACUACUAACUGGGUGAUUGACAAGUGCAUCCUGGGACCUCAAAUGAAGGGACGGACGUUGGUUCUUGUUACAAAUAAUACUAGGCUACUGGAUUUGGCUGAUCUAAACGUCCACACGAGAAAUGGUGCAGUUUUUCAAACAACCACGGCGCGUUUACUGAGCAGUGGUCCUGCAGUUUCAGAGGAGAGAAGUGCUGUGGAUUCUUCACUGCCCAACACUCUCAAUUCCGGAGAACAGAACGAUUCUGUUGAUGAAAAUCAGGAUUCAAUUGAGGAAUCGGAAAAUUUUCCAGAUGGAGAGGACGGCUGCAAAGGGGGUCUUAUCGGUUUGGAAUACAUGUGUAAAUACAUCCGAUCUUUCGGAGGCUGGCCAUUUAUCAUGAUCGUGGCCAUGUUUACUAUCUUUGCGCAAAUUAUGGAGAUCAUAUUGCCUACUUGGCUCUCUCUCUGGAGCAGGACAUAUAUGGAAACCAAGCGAAAUUCUGGCGCCGGAUUUUAUGUCACAGUAUUCGCAGGCCUCGGCAUUGUGCAGAUAUUUAUACUGGCAAUUUCACUGGUCUUGAUGUAUUCAGGAUCCUGGAGAGCAAGCCGUGAUAAACAUCUGCAAAUGCUGACUGCAGCUUUCGGGGCAACAUAUGCGUGGAUUUGGCGUACCCCGGCUGGCCAGAUAAUCAAUCGUUUUUCUUCCGACAUUGCGAGUUUGGACGACACAUUAUUCAAGACUUUCCGACCGGUGAUAGAGACUUACUUGUCCAUUGGUUUCCGGAUCAUUACGGUAUCAUCGCUUAUUCCUCUCUUCUUGUUGCCCUCUAUCGCAUUGACCGGGGUUGCAAUUUACAUCGGCUAUCGCUACCGUUUCGCAUCGACUGCGGUCAAGCAUAUGUACGCUGCAAGCCUGUCGCCUUUGCACCACAGUAUUACAGAAACUGUAUCAGGUCUUACGACGAUACAUGCGUUUCGUGCGGAGAAGAUGCUCCAAGAUCGGUUCGCUACAGCCAUCGAGCAUCAUGUCCGGACCUGGAGGGCUGUCAGUGAUCUCCAGCGAUGGCUGGCAGUACGAAUGGAUAUCUGCAUUGCCUUGAUAUCAUUCUCGGUGGCAGUUUUGGCGGUAACGCGUCAGCAUGCAAACGCAUCAGCAGUAGGUCUAAGUUUGACUUUGACAACUGGGCUCUGCACCGCUCUUCUAUAUCUUGUCUAUCUCUCAAGUCUCUUAGAGGUAGAAAUGACUAGCUACUACCGUAUCGAGUCAUACAUUAAGGGCCUUCCCCAAGAGCCGAGCGACCUUGCAAUACUCAACGACACGAUUGAGAGUUGGCCAACUCAUGGAGUUGUUGAUGUGCAAAAUCUAACAGCAGGGUACUCUUUGGAUGAAGAUGAAGUGCUGAAGGACAUUAGCUUCAGAGCAUGCCCUGGAGAGCGUGUCGCCAUUGUAGGUCGCACAGGAAGCGGCAAGAGUUCCAUGGCUUUAAGUCUGCUACGAUUGACGAUCCGGCUUCACGGUUCGAUAAACGUCGAUGGAGUUGACAUUGAAUCCCUUGAUGUCGACCGACUGCGGCAGCACAUAAGUCUUAUACCGCAAGACCCGACACUGUUUGACGGUACCAUCCGAUUCAAUUUAGAUAUGAACGGUGCGGUAAGUGAUGAGCAUUUGCAGGGCGUCCUGGAUGAUGUAGCUGGUGCAAGUAAGUGGAAACUGGACGACGUCGUCGAAGCAAACGGAAAGAAUUUCUCGCGAGGUGAAAGACAGCUUAUCGCUCUCGCGCGGGCCAUGGUGACCAAGAAUAAGGUCUUGAUUAUGGAUGAGGGGACGGCCAGUCUCGACCCAGUAAGCGAAGAGCGCAUCCAUGCGGUUCUCCGGGCCAAAUUCAACGACUGGGCUGUCAUAGCAAUCACGCACCGGUUGCACAACAUUGUCGACUUCGACCAGGUUCUCGUAUUAGACAAAGGGCGGGUGACGGAGCAAGGAAAGCCGCGGCAACUCCUGAAUGAGGGGCAAGGGCCCUUCUGGGCACUCUACAUGCAACAGGGGGUGCAUGGAGACCGUUGAUAAUAAAACUGAAAAUCCUAGAAACAACAGUUGUUAGGUUUCAACCACAUGUUUUAACGCUAUGGAUCACGAGAGAGACGAAACU